AAAGGAUGAGAUACUGGUAGGAGGGAGGAGAGAUCGUCCCACUUGGAGAGUUUCUGUGAAAUCAUGUGAACACAGAGCGUCCCUCCCUUCUGCUGAUGGAGGAUAAAAACUCUCCUCACAUCACAGCAUCACAGAGAUCCUGAAGCCCACAGCACAGACACCAGCACCUGUUUUAGCCUCACUGUGUGGAGCCCUCGCUACUCACCAUGGAAACGGAGAAUACUAACACCUCACCCAAAUAUGAUGACAUCAUUUCUAAAAGUGUUCUGAUCCAAUCAGGAUCUCCUGCUCGCUACCAGCUGACACCAAAGAAAGAGAAUAUUGGAACUCUAACAAGAAUGACUCUUGGUGAAAAACAUGUGAACAAAAUAAACAAAACCAUCUUGCUUGUUGGUGAAACAGGAUCAGGAAAAUCUGCUCUGGUCAACGCUCUGGUCAACUACGCCAUGGGAGUGAAGUGGGAAGACGAUGUCUGGUUUGAGAUCGCAGAGGACGAGGAGAGAAGUCAAUCAGAAAGUCAGACAUCAGAUGUGAUCGUGUACCAGAUCUUUGGUUUCGAAGAUGAAACUCUGCCCUACUCUCUGACCAUCAUCGAUACUCCUGGAUACGGGAGCACCAGAGGGAUCGAACAAGAUCUAAGAGUCAGUCACAGAUUAUUUGACUGGUUCCGCUCAGAGGAUGGAGUUCAUGAGAUUAAUGCAGUGGGUCUGGUGCUGAAGGCAGGUGUGAAUCGACUGAGUGACCGACUGAGGUACAUCUUUGAUUCAGUGGUGUCUCUGUUUGGAAAAGACAUGGAGAAGAACAUCGUUGCCCUCAUCACACACUCAGAUUGUGUGACAUCUGAAAAUGCCCUUAAUGCUUUAGAAGAUGCAGACAUUAAGUUUGCCAAAGAUGAGGAUAACCAGCCUGUUCACUUUAUGUUCAAUAACCACCAGACCACACAGAAAACACAGAAAAAUAUGGCUGCUUUAAAAAGUGCAUGGGACUUAACAACGAACGAAAUGAGUCAGUUCAAAGACUUCCUGGAAAAAGCUGCACCUCAGAAGUUGAUAACAACUGUUGCAGUGUUGAAUUCACGCAUCAGACUGACAGCCUGCAUCCAAAACCUGAAAGACAGAAUUGAGUUCACUGAACUAAAACAGGGAGAAAUCCAACAGACUCAGGAGCUUCUGAAGAAAUAUGAACAAGUGAUGAAGAACAAUGAGAAGUUCACUGUAGAAGUUGAGAAGGUCUACAAAGGUAAAGAAACUAUCAGUGGUGGGAGGUGGGGGUUGUUCUUUUAUGAAGGAGCUGUCUGCUGUAAAGUCUGUGAGGAGAACUGUCACUAUCCUGGAUGCACAGUGGCCUGGAGUCCAGGAAGCUGUGAGGUCAUAAAAGAUGGCCGCUGCACUGUAUGUACCAGGAAGUGUCCUGCAUCAGAUCACGUGAAAGAAAAGUGGAUCUAUGUGAACAAGACAAGGAAAGUUCAGAUGACCAACGAAGACAUGAAAAAGAAGUGUGAAAAGAUUAAAGCAGACUGUGAGAAGACAACAAGCUUGUUGGAAAAUCUAGAAAAGGAAAUGGAAGAACUUCAGAAAGAAAAGGAUCGGUUGUUGGAAAAGUCCUUCAAGCAUGUUGUCAGACUGGAGCAGAUCGCCUUGAAUGUUGACUCACUGUCCACUUAUGUCCACCUGGACUUCCUGAUUGAGAAGAUGAAGGAGAAAGGAGACGCAGAGAAGGUUCAGACACUGGAAGAGAUGAAACGUCGAGUGGAUGCAGGAAGCCGAGCAGGACUGCGGUACAAAUGAACAGCAGCUGGUAAAGCAUGGAUGAAGAAGUAGGUGACAACAUGACUGAGAGCAGACAGCUGUAGGAAACAAGGUCAACACUGUUGAUACAAAUGCUUAAACAUUGCAAAAGGUUUUUUCAUCAUGGUUCUAUGAAGUGGGAUGUUGAUGUAAUAACUGCAUAAGAAAAUUGAAAUGUAAUCACCUUUUAAAUGUGUAAUUCCUGGAAACAGCGCCCUCUGCACCCUACUAUCACCAGGAGUAUGAAUAACACGCCAAUGUCAUUUCACGCCAUUUAGUCUGUACUGACUUCUAUUGUGCAGAGAGCGCGUCAUAAAGAAAACAAUGUGACGUAGUUUAUAGAGCAACAAAGUCCAAGUUUGGAGGUUAUCGGGUUGGAUGGAUGGUACACACAGAGGACUUUUAAGUUAUUUAAAAUUUUAACUUACUUAGCUCACGUUACAUACGUGGCUUACGUAACGUACUUAUUUGAACCCAAACCAAGUAGUUUUGGUGCCUAAACCUAACAGAACUGCAACCGUUUCACAACAUUAACCAUUUGUUUAUUACUGUUACCAUGACCACAAAGGUCACCUGACUUCGUCCACAACUCGUGAAAUGCGGCAUCUUUAACGGUGCUAAAGGACACUUGAAGUGUCCUGGUCCUGGUUUUAAACGCAGUGAGGCGCCCCCUGGUGUUCCAUGUUGAGUACAACAGCUCCCUCCCUCCCCUACGUCACAAACUAAACACACAAAAUACGUUUAUUUUUCUUUAGUUUCUUUGUGUAAGUUGACUGUUUUGAAGGUUUUUCUAACGUGUGAUUUAUUCUGAUCUUCUGAUGUUGACAGUAAACACUGACAUAUAUAAUAUUUACAUAUAGAGUUUUCUCAUGUUAAUCAGUUUGUACAGAGGACGCUACAGAACUGAACUCACGCAGAAAUAUUCUGCUGUGCUGGAGGUGAAUCAACGUUCAGACUUCAGUGUUUGUGAAGAGUCAUGAAAUCGAAUGUACUUUGAUGAGAUUCAUACGCUGUUUUCUUCAUGUGUCUUCGUGCUUGGAAUGGCUAGUUCAAUCCUCCUGAUUGAUGCAGUUUUCUGUGAAUCAUUAAUAAAAUCUGCUUCGUGACCUCA